AUGGAAAAUGAUGAGGAAUAUAACUGGGAUAAUGCAACCUCAGUGUCAGAGUUCAUCCUGCUGGGGCUCUCCAGCCACCCCAAGACACAGCUGGUGCUCUUUGUGUUCUUCCUAGCUAUCUACCUGGUGACCCUCUUUGGGAACAGCCUCCUCAUUGCCCUUGUCAAGAGUGAUUCCCGUCUUCACACACCCAUGUACUUCUUUCUGGCUAACCUCUCCUUCCUAGAUAUCAGCUACACGACCACCACUGUACGCCAGAUGCUGGUCCACCUCCUCUCCACAAAGAGAAGCAUUUCCUAUGUUGCCUGUGUUGCGCAGAUGUACAUCUUCCUUUCUCUGGGGAUAAGUGAGUGCAUCCUGUAUGCUGUAAUGGCCUAUGACCAGUAUGUGGCCAUUUGUCAUCCCCUGCGCUACACCGUCAUCAUGAGCAGGUCAGUCUGUGUUAAGAUGGCCAUCAGGUUCUGGGUAUCUGGCUUCUUUUUUGCCAUGCUGAAUACAGGCUUCACGAUGAGGUUGCCCUACUGCUCAGCUGAGGGGAAGAUCAAAGCCUUCUCCACCUGCACCUCACACAUCACUGUCAUGACUCUCUUCUAUGGUGCAGGUAUGUUCAUAUACAUGUGCCCAGCCUCCAGCUACUCACCCGAGCGGGACAACAUGUUUUCCCUCUUGUACAAUGUUGUGUCUGCCCUCCUGAAUCCUCUUAUCUACAGCCUGAGGAACAAGGAGGUCAAAGGAGCUGUACUCAAAAUGAUGAGCAAGACUGACCACUAA